AUGGCUCGCCCUAUUCUCAUCGAUGUUGGAAUGGCCGAACAGCUUACAGCAUUCGGGUUGCAGCAAGGUAUCAAAAGCAUACCAUCUCGCUCGACGAGGAAGCGAAAAGCCAGAGCCAAGCUAGCUGCGAGAGUGAGAGAUGAGCGCUUCAAAGCUGGACCAUUUUGGUUCAAGCUGCUCAUUUCUGAAGCAACCGCCGGCGUCAUCAUGGGUCACGUUUGGAGNNNNGGUAUGUUUUCUGCUGAUGGUCUCAAUUUCGAUAUACCCGCCCUCGCAGAUGCAUCCGGCCUAUGGGAGGAGACAUUUAACUCGUUUGUCGAUGCCAAGCCCCGCGGACCAGCUGCUGUUGGUAUCGAUGUCACCAUGGUGGCAUCUCGACAUGCAUAUGGCUUGGCUGGUCACUCGACAAGUCUUGACUUGCCCCGCUUAGAGGAACCCUAUAGGAUAUACAAUACCGAUGUCUUCGAGUAUCCAGUUGAUUCACCGACGUCUUUGUAUGGUGGAUCGCCCUUCCUACUAUCUUUCCACUACAAGGAUGAUCCUAAUCAUGAGGCCCACUUCGAUCAGCCCUUCGUUACCGGACUACUAUGGAAUAAUCCCUCGGAAACAUUUGUCAAAGUUGAUACCCCGCAUUAUCACGAGAAGGAGAUCCAGCAGCCGCUUCACGACGCUAAAUCUUGGUUUCUAUCGGAGUCUGGAAUCGUCGACAUGUUUGUCAUAACUGGUCUAGAGCCGUACGAGGUCCUGUACAAAUACCAUACAAUCACAGGCUUUCCAUCUACCGUACCCAUGUUUGCCUUGGGCAAGCAUCAGAGUCGGUGGAACUAUGAUGAUAUCGCUGAUGUGAAAAAAGUGAAUCAGCAGUUCGAUGCCAAUGAUGUUCCACUUGAUGUGUUAUGGCUGGAUAUCGAACAUACCGAUGGCAAACGAUACUUUACUUGGGAUAAGGACAGGUUCGCUGACCCUAAAGAUAUGCUCGACAGUGUAGUGAAGACCAAGCGGAAGAUGGUGGCCAUCGUGGAUCCACACAUUAAGGUCGAUAACGACUACAGUGUAUACCAAAGGUUCGAGGCUGAAAAGGGUUUCGUCCAGCUCAAGGAUGGUACCGACUUCGUGGGUUCGUGUUGGCCUGGUGAAUCCAAGUAUCCCGACUUUACCGAUCCGGCAGUGAGAGCCACUUGGUCAAAGCUAUUCAAUUUCACAGAGUACAAAGGGUCCGGUGAAGGUCUCUACAUAUGGAAUGAUAUGAACGAGCCGUCGGUCUUCAACGGCCCCGAGAUGACUAUGCCUCGUGAUGUGGUCCAUCACUCGGGUGUUGAACACCGAGACUUACACAACUUGUACGGUAUGUACGUCCAUCGUGCAUCUUAUGAGGGAAUGUUGGGCCGAUCCAAAGGUAAGCGUCGACCAUUCGUCCUUUCACGAAGCUUCUUUACUGGGUCGCAUCGGUAUGGUCCGAUCUGGACUGGAGACAACAUGGCUGACUUUGUUCAUCUGGGUCAUAGUGUGCCCAUGCUUCUAUCGAUGGCGGUCAACGGCAUGUCGUUCGUGGGUGCCGAUGUGCCAGGCUUCUUCGGUAAUCCCACUAAUGAGCUCUUCAUCCGAUGGCAUCAGCUGGGGGCUCUGGCAUAUCCAUUUUAUCGGGCCCAUGCUCACUUGAACACCCUCAGAAGGGAGCCAUGGAUGCUCGGACCAGAAGCACUAGAACAUGUGAGAGGAGCAGUGAGUGUGAGGUAUACCCUGAUGCCGAUGUGGUACACCCUGUUCAUGGAAUACUCAUUGGGUGGAAGGCCUGUAAUACGCCCUCUAUGGUUCGAUAAUCACGACGAUAUCAAUACAUUCGCGGAAGCGACUCAGAAUACUCAUAUCAUGGUUGGCGACGAUAUAUUGGUCAAGGCAGUGUCGCAUUCAGUUGAUAAGAGUGUGAACGAUCAUGUGUAUCUACCACAAUCUAGACACGCUCAUGAUGGAUGGUAUGAUUUCUACUCCUUUGACUGGAAGAAGGGAGGCUUGGAUCACGAGUUGCGAUUGCCGGCUCAUUCACUACCCAUGUACAUGCGUGCAGGGAGUAUUAUCACACGGAAGAUGAGGCGAAGAAGGUCCACACAGGCGAUGGAGAACGAUCCAUACACGAUUUAUAUCAAUUGUGCCAUAGAUGCUGAGGAAGGUGGUAUGAUGGCCCAUGCUUCGGGCAGGCUCUUCAUUGAUGCUGGUGAUGGUUAUGAGUAUUUGGACGGACAAUUCCUCUACAUGAAGCUGAAUUAUCGUUACAGAACAUUAAAGGCCGAAUCUUUGAGCAUUCCACUCCACCACAAGCUCGAUGAUAAAGGGCGGCCCACUCGAAUCCACGGGAAGUUGUCUGCAUGGUCUCAAGGAGGGCUUGGUGUCGAAAGACUUGUUUUUGUUGGCUCAACGGUCGCUCCAGACGUGAUAAAGUAUAUCGAUCCGAAUGGUGAGCAAGACUUGCUGUUCACCAUCACUGAUAUGGGCUUGUCCCACCCUCCACGGUUCCAUAUUGUGGUUAAACGUCCCCCGAUUACACUGGGUGAUUACGGUUGGCGUAUCGAGUUGAGAGGACUCAAUUUUGCUAAGGUCCAGAAACACCAAGAGAUGGCUAGUAUGGGCCCAUCAUAUGGUAGUGGCAGCAAUAUCAUUCGUUAAUAGGGUUGUAGACAGCAUGC